AUGACAGAUUAUGCAGCUCAAGGAAAAACUAGACCAUACAAUGUUGUCCAUCUCAACAGCUGCCAUACUCAUAUGUCUUACUACACUUGCCUCUCCAGAAGUGCAAGUGCAGCUGGAACUAUCAUUCUACAAGGCUUUGAGCCCAGCAUUGUUACUAGAGGAUGUGCAAAAUAUCUUAGGCAGGAACUUAGAGAACAAGAACUUCUAGAUGAAAUUACCAGGCUUAGAUAUGAAGGGUCACUUCCUCCUUGUGUUGUAGGAUACACACGCAAUCCAUUAAUCACUUGUGGGUGUGGGCCAGUGCUUUGCAUGGCAUGUAUGAGUCCUUUCUGUGGACUCUAA